AAGGCUGGUGUCUACGGAAGUGUGCAAUCUGCAGCCAGCGUCCGAGCACAUUAGAUAAGUGCCCAUUGACAGUCGCCUCUAACCGCACGUCGCGUUCGGACCGUUCUGUGAUUCGUAUACUUACACAAUGUAUUGUGACUUCCCUGAGUUGGGGCGGUGCUGCUUCUGCUUGCCGCUGAGGAGGGGGGUGUUGACGUUUGGAUACCUCAAUUUUUUCUUCUCGGUGUUUAUGCUCGGCGUAUACAGCUACUACAUCAAUGCGGCCUCUGGCGACCUCCACCUCAUCUACCACGGCUCGCUGUCAAUGAUCCCUGCCGAGGCAUGCCUCUUCAUAUACUGCCUCGAAAUCGUGUUCAACUUGAUUCUGCUGUACGGUACUCAUUUGAAAAAACUUCUGUUCGUGAAGAUAUUCUACUACUUCGCCAUCGUGUCGACGGUGGCGUCAGUGCUGAUCCAGCUGCUGGACGCGUCGGAGAUGUGGAUGCGACUGGCCAUCGAGACCGUCUCGCUCACGUUCGCGGGCUUGUGUCUUCAGUUAUACCUCAUCAUCUUAGUUCGGAGUCUAAUCAAGAAGCUGAUGGUAGACGGAGACCAUAUUUUCGAGAAUCAGCUUCACCAGAUCGUCACUGGAGAGCGAAAGUUCAACAAUGCCAACAACGGCAUUUAUGAUGCCAACACCGUCGUUCCGAAUAAUCCGAAUGAUGUUUAAUCAUGGGUCUCAAAUAAAAUAGAACGUAAGAACUUGGCUGUGUUUAUGUGAGUUUGUGUUGAUAACUACAGUGUUAACUGUCAAAAUUUAUUGGAUAACUCGGGGAAAUGAAAACAUGAUUGUGUCUUCUGUAUAAGUAAUUAUUUAUAUUUUAUAAAGUAAACGAAUGUUGUAAACAAAACAACUUUUAACUUCAUCAAAAGUAGUAACUUUCCGUAUUGUUAGUGUUUGUUUUCUUUGUUGCUUCUACUGUUAGAUAUUAAUAGCCUUUUGACGUAAUAUAAAGCACAGGAGCAGCGGGAUUGUGUAAUACUUUAACUUGAAAAAAAAAAAAACAUUCGCUUUUACUUUGUAAUAUAAUCGCUUUUAUUUAGCAGAAAAGAAUGCACUAAAUAAUAUAUGUCAAUAGCAAGCAAAUUAUUAUAUUAUAAAUAGGUAUAGUUAUGUGAGUUGUAAAUAUAGUAAAGCUUCAAAUGACAUUUUAAUAUGUAAGUUUGAACCAAAGAGUAAUAUUAUUUUUUAAAUAUUUUUUUUACAAUCACUUAUAAGUAUGGUAAACUAUUUAUUUUUUUAUCAUGGCAUAAUAUGUUUUGCUUGAUAAAUCGAUUAACUAAAAAAUAUGAGGCUUGUUACUUACUACAAGGCGACUUUUAAUUGUUAUUAAAUUCUUAAUAUAUACUUUUUAUUAUGAAGAAUUCUCAAUAAUUAUUCGAAAAUGCUAGAAUGUCAAUAAUGUGUCGUACUUUAGGUAUGUACAAUUUGUUAUGAUGGAGAUGUAUUUUCUAUUAAGAAGAGGAUUACAAUAUCCGAGAGACUCACUCGACAAUAAAAUGAGAAAACAUU